AGUCUUACUCUCCUCGUUCAUGGAAUUGUUAUUUUGUUUGUUAAAAAUCGCAAUAAAUAAGUUAAAUUAACUAAGAAACGAUGUCAUUUUUGGCGCAAAGUGUGCGCCAAGUGCUGCGCCAUACAACACAACGUUUGACAACAACCGCAACGCGUGCGCUGAGUUUGUCGCCGGCUUUGCUCCAGCAAAAUAAACUUGCUCCGUCAGGAAUUGAUAUUUCCGCCAUUGCCAAAGAGCACCAGAAGGAGUGUCAGGCUAUUUGCGAUAAAAUUAACCAGCAAAUUGGCAAGUCUGAGCAGGGACGUCUCUUUGCCGUUGUGCAUCUCUGUGGUAAGCAGUUCAAAGUAACUCCUGGGGACAUCAUACUUGUGGAGGGUUACUGGCCACCAACUACUGGGGAUGAGAUUAGCCUAGACAAGGUAAUGCUAGCGGGUGCGCGGGACUUUACGCUAAUAGGAAGGCCCAUUCUCGAGGCUGGGCAAGUGACAGUAAAGGCCACUAUUAUCGAGAAGACGCUGCAGCAUACAAAAACACAUUUCAAGAAGAAGCGCAGAAAACAAUAUAUGCGCAUUAAUUUCCAGCGUUCACCCAAUACAAUGAUAAGAAUUAAUUCUAUCGAAGUUAAUCGCCCGCUAAACAGUAGUGCGGAGGCUGAAACGCAGCCUUCAAAACGCCUUUUCUAAUUGUUAAACAUGAAUAAAUCUGC